UCCUCAAUGAUGGCGUGCAGGUAACACUGCUCCAAGAGGUACCCUUAACCCUUACUCGUCGUCGCCGAUCCGAUGUUGGGUAUUGGGUAUUGGGUUUGGGUAGUGUAAUACCGUGACAACAGUGACGCGGGUGCAUCUUACCACAGCACAACGAGAAAAAGGUUGAGGAGGAGGAGUGAUACGAAAGAAAAUGCAAGAAUGCAGGCACCGCCACUACCGUUCAAUCUAAAGUAAUAAAAUAUAUAUAGUGUGUGAAUCUCGAAUCAACAGGUAGAAAGAAACAGAGCGGGAGACAAGCAUGGAAAUUAUUUCGAAAUUUCGGAUUAUUCAUAUUGAAUAUUGCGUGGCGUCUUGAUGAACCUUUCCCUCGAGAAGGAUAACAAAUUUUUUCGAUUAUUUUACGGUGAAAUUCCAAGGAAACAAAAUAUUGGAGGGUCCAACAAGAUCAUUGUAAAGGAGAGAAUCAGGCUGUUGCAUCCAGUGGGGAUUAUCAAAUUGUAUAUCGCUCGUUUGUAAUAUGACAAUGACAUUUGUGGAAUGCUAAAUUCAGUAAUGCCUUAACGAGGCGUCAAACGUCAACUGGAUGGUCCAAAUGGGCAACGGAGGCCCAUUAUGGCCCAAAAUCAACGGCUCGAACAUCAGCAUGAAUUUUUGCCGCUGUGCGAUGUUUUAUUUAACAUAAUAUCGCUAGCCUCGUAUUUUUGCGACGUCGUUUUCGAUCUGGCUAUGGCCUAUGCUCUUGCGCAUCAUCCAUCGGCUCCAGCCGUGUUGUUUCCCACGAAUGUAGCGCUGGUCGUAUCCGCGCUUCUAAUUUCCCAGACCGUCAGCUUGAGAUGGUACCUCUGGGGCGCCAGGGGCAAAUUAACCGGAGGAACGACGAUUGAGGGCCAAAAUUUGAGAAGGAAAAAAAACUGUACCAGUUGGACCGUUUGGUGCGUCGUUUUACUCCAUUCCACGCAGAUCGGUGUUCUCUGGAGAUAUUUUAAGCUCUUUAUCCCUGUGGAUUUGGCGUAUGUGAAGCACGAGGUACGAGAAUUGUGCGUGCUACGAUUGAUUCACGCUUUUUGCGAGGCAGCUCCGAUGUUACUAUUACAAUUAUAUUUAUUGUCGAUCGGUAUUGGAGAUGAGAAUGGAUCGAAGGAGAUAAAGUCAGAAAUAUUGCGAGAAGACCGUGACAAGUUGGCAGAACUGACGGCUGUCUCGGCAGGACUUUCAUUAUGGAGCGUUUGUUGGGCCGUAGCGAGUUUCAGUAAAGGUGCUGCAAGAUUAAGAAAUUUGGAACGUUUGGUUCUCACGUGGCUCGGAGUUUUGACUCAACUAGCCUGGCGCCUCGGGACAGUGAGCGCGCGGGUCGGUGCCCUCGUCGCUUACGCCUCCCUCUACGGUGGACAAUGGUUACUCGUCGUAAUGGCUCUUCAUUGGCUCUCCAUGCUCACCUGGCUCAUACUCACCCCCGACGGUCUAUUCCAUGACAGCGAAAAACUCACAUUUUCACGUAAAACGUUUCUCGCUUCCCUCCUCGCUUUUGUAUACGUAUUCGCAUACGUGAAUCUUCAUGAGACGAAUCAUCGACAAAAAAUGAUUAUAUUUUAUACGGUGAUGUUCUUGGAAAACAGUUUACUCGUCGGCGUCUGGGCCGUCGGUGUCGAUGGGAGUGAUCUUCGGCCUUUCCGACCGACUUAUCCAAGACCGAUAAUCCUAGUUUUGAUACUUUUCGCCCUAUUUUUCGGCGGUCUCUUUUUCAUGGGACUUUAUUAUAGAUAUUUUCACGUAAGAAGACUGAGAUACGAAGCGGGUGGUCGCAUGACCGCUAGUAACGUCGUAACGACAUUGGCGAAUCAGGAUAUUCCGGAUGAGAAACAAAUCGAUUACGGUGGUGAGAAACAAAGAACUCUGGCAAACGGUACGAGAAAGGUGAAAUUAACGAACGGCGGUAUCCCCGGUGUUUUCAAUUGCCGUUUCGCCAAUCCAACAGUCACUAAUCUUAAUCGGAAGAAAAAAAAGCCCACGACGUUCGUUCCUCCUCCGGUCCAACAGACUCUAAUGACGAGUAUGGGAGAAACGAAGCAAUGGUCAAAUUGCAGUGGAAAUACCCGGCAAUUGAUACCAUUUUGGAAGAGGCCACUCUCAGCUUCCACACACGCAGACGAGUGGGCAGUAUCGAAGAAUGACAUAGACGCGGCGGUCGGCUCGCUCAAUGUUAAUCUCAUAAGGGAAAAACUGCGAGAAAAGAAGCAGCAACAGUUGCGAGAGUUGAGAGCAAUACAGGAGGAAAUAAAAGAAGGGAAAUUGGUUCCUCCGCCGUCGGCCUCCACCUCGUCGUUCUCAUCUUCAUUGUCAGCGACUAAUCAGCGACCACCACCGAAUACGAAACUUCACACAUCGCCAAACUCGCCAUUGUCGGGGUCACCAGCUCCGUUGACCGAUGCGAAUAGCGGAGGAGGAGGUGGCGUAACAUUGACUUCGUGGCCUCCAAUAAAAAUGCAUUGCCUCUUGUCACCGACGCCUUCCUCCCCUUAUCAUCCCACUUCUCAUCCGUCCGGCUAUAUUUGGAGAGGCUCGCAAGGAGACAGAGCGGACACCCCCGAAAUUCUGCUCGCUCCACGCUGUCUACCUCACCAUUUUCCCCACUGGACGCCUACCGGUCAUAAGUUACGGUCGUGUCGAAACGCCCCGGAGGAUGACAGCUCCAAAGGCGAGGGAGGCGAGGGUGGCGAGGACGAAGGUGAGGUCAGCGAUAUAGAGGGUAGUCAAAUAUCAUUACCGAGGAGUUAUACGCUUCCACGCGAGUUCAAGUACCACAACGGUAACGAUCCGCUGAGAGAUCGGCGAGGACCCGCGAGCAAAUUGCAACCUUCGCGAUUUUAUCUUCCCUCGACCAAUAGUUCGGAUGGGGAUGUUGAUAGUGCUGACAACGAGGAGGAAACGGAUUCGGAACUGCAAGCUCGCACGCUAAACGGUUUCGGCCUCGGCGGAGGAGGAGAAGAAACGUUGCACGAACGUUGCAAUUCGUACGAAGACGGUGAAUCGAUCGACUCACCAAAACCGGAGCGAAAUGUAGCUUCGAGGCCCAUAUCGCCACAGGCUUGUUACAUGAUUAAUUCUUACGGUCCUCUGAGACCCAAUCAAUUGUUGCGAGCGAAGGUGAAGCACGAAACUAAGUUGUGAAUCUAUCAUUCUUCAUACUUACUGAUAAGGACAUUAAGUUUUUUCUUCCUCUUUGAUUUCGAAAUCUCGUGAUAAUAAUAACUUAAUUCCAGAGAAAUCAUAAGACUGCACGCGGUAGACGUAAAAACAAAAACCAACAAGGGGGUGGGGGGACAAAACUACAAAUGUUCACGCCUUCGAUGCUCAAUAUCUAACGACACACGGAUCAUAGGAAAUUCCUCAUUUCCCUUCAACUUUAAAUACCUUUGGGUCUUUUUUGCGUGAUUGAUUAUUGUUGGAUUCUUUUUUUCUCCACUAUUAUCGAAACGCGAAAAAUUUAUUUCUCUAUUACCCUUGUAAAUAAAUUUCGCCGAAUCCGUUGUCACAUUUUUUGCUAAUCUUAUCGUUUAUUGAAAUGAAAAAAACAUUUUAUACGGCUCUGGUGGUUGCACCGUUUCAAUGGAUCAGAAAUUAUUUUCAUACAAUAAAAAUAUGCUGAUUCGGUUCA